AUGGCAAAUGAGUACUCUGAUGAAGUCUCCGGUACAAGCCAUGUUUCUGGAGAAGAUUCAGAUGCAACUGUAAAGCUCAAUAUCAAGACUUUAGAUUCUCAGAUUUACAGUUUUCAGGUCAACAAAAAUAUGCCAGUUUCCGUAUUCAAGGAGAAAAUAGCAAAUGAAAUUGGUGUUCCAGUGAGUCAGCAACGGCUGAUUUUCAGGGGAAGGGUCUUGAAGGAUGAACAUCUCCUUUCUGAAUAUCAAGUGGAAAACGGGCAUACGCUGCACUUGGUUGCGAGGCAGCCUGCAGAACCACAACCUUCAGCUAAUGCAGGCGCUGGGGAUACAACCAGGGAUAAUAGCAAUCAGGGAAAUGAUGCAAGCGCUGGUGUCCCUCGAAACCGCCUUGGGCAAGUAUCUCACAGUGUAGUUCUUGGAACAUUUAAUGUUGGGGAACAAGGGGAAGGCAUGGUUCCAGACAUCUCUCGGUCGGGGUUACUGGUUAUUGGGGCUGUUCUGAACUCGUUUGGAGUUGGUGGCCAGGCAGCAACCAACAGCAUAGGUGGCAUGCAAUCAUUAAAUAUGCCAAAUGUUAUUGGUCAGGCUUCUCAGGGAAGUGAAACCAGUGGAUCACAUGGCAAUGUUGGUGGUCAGAGCCCUGCUGGAAAUCAAAUACAGUCUGGCCAGCCAUUUCAAUCAGCACCUCAUGUGCAAGUUCCUUUGACUGCAGCUAUACCUGUUCCUUCACUUCACUCGCCAAUUCCUGAUUCCUUGAACACACUUUCUGAGUUCAUCAUGCGCAUGGAGCGGGUGAUAGCACAAAAUGGUGAUGACAGCAAAAGCACAUACUUAUUUCGUAAUCAACAAAAUACAUCUGCAACCAGCUUGGGAGACCCACCAAGGGUAGAAUUACCUUCUAAUGCACGGGGCUUGCCAACGCCUGAAGCCUUGAGCAUUGUCCUGCGUCAUGCAGAACGGCUUCUCAGUGGACGUCUGGAACAAGAGGGUUCCUCUACUGAUCCUGCUAUAAGGGGCCAAAUUCAGUCAGAAUCAAUGCAAGUUGGCCUUGCAAUGCAACAUCUAGGUGCUCUUCUUCUGGAGCUUGGUCGCUCAAUCUUGACACUUCGUAUGGGACAAUCUCCUGAAGAAUCUUCUGUAAAUGCUGGGCCUGCUGUUUAUAUUUCUCCAUCAGGGCCUAAUCCCAUAAUGGUCCAGCCUUUUCCUCUUCAAAACAAUUCACUUUUUGGUGUUCCAGUUCCACCAUCAAACCCUGUGGCAUUUGGUCCUGUUGGUAUUGGAAAUGCUCCAAGGCAUGUAAACAUUCAUAUACAUGCUGGGACUCCGUUGGCAUCAGUUAUUCCGACCAUAGGUGCCAGGACAAGUAGUCCAGGGAUGCAGGGCGAACAAGUUAAUGCUGCUGGUUUGGGUGUUUCAGGCCCAGAGCAGGUGCUACCCGUGAGAAAUGUUGUUGCAGCAACAGUCCCUUUACGCUCUGCAGGUGUUACAGUUGGUGCACAACCUGGUCUUGGACUCUCUCUUUCACAGCCACCUUCUGAUUCCAUAUCAUUAGGCUCUAUAGUGAAUGAAAUAAACUCACAACUGAGACAAUUUGCUGGCAAUAGGCAAGAGGGAAACCAGCCUGCAUCAGGCUCUGUUGGAUCUGGUGCUGGUAACAAUCCAACGAACUUACAGAUGAAUAGCACAAUGAAUAGCACUGUGGUCAAUGGAGCUGGGGAAUCUUGUGUGUCCUUACCUGCGGCUACGUCAGAACGCCAGGGUCAGAAGGUCCAAAUACAUGAUAGUGAUCCUUCGAGCUUGAAAGACAUACCAUCUUUACCAUCUUCUUCAGUCGACAGAUCGUCUUCUUCAGUGAACCCAUCAUCUUCACUGAACUUCCGAUCAUUUUCACUGGAAUGUCCUAAUGGUGAAACUUCUCUGAAGUCUGAAGAUACUUCUCAAAAUGCUUCCAGUUCUAGCAGUAAGCAUGAUGUUCCUGACACCAAUAAAGCUGUUCCGCUUGGUUUGGGUUUGGGGAGUUUGGACCGCAAGAGACGAACCAAGCAGACAAAAUCACCUGUCGGGAGUGGUGAUAGUGAAACAACCAAUACCCAUCUCAAUCAGAAUCCAAAUGCUGGAAUCAGUGGCCUACAGCUUUUACAAUCCCUUGUAUCUCGCAGCUCUGGUACAAAUAGGGAUGGUGCAAAUGACAAACCUUCACAUCCAGUAGCCCCCUUUGCUGGGCAGGUCAUGGAGGGUAGAGCAUCAAGAGAUUUAAGUUCUGAUGGCCAGUCGGACGCUGCUAGUGCCAUGUCUCAGGUUCUAGAUAGUCCUGUUAUGAACAAUUUGUUGGCAGGGGUUUCAGAACAAACCGGCGUUGGUUCUCCCAAUGUCUUUAGGAAUAUGUUGCAACAGCUCACUCAGAAUCCCCAGAUAAUGAAUACUGUCAGUCAGAUUGCUCAGCAGGUUGACAGCCAAGAUCUUGGAAAUAUGUUCUCAGGUUUAGGAAGUGGCCAAGGUGGUGGAGUUGAUCUGUCAGGGAUGGUCCGACAGAUGAUGCCCGUUGUUUCCCAGGUUCUUGGCCGUGGAUCACCUACUCCUCAGCUGUUUACUACCCCAGAAUCUGAACCCCAGAUGCAACCCAAUGGGAGGGAACUAAGUGGAGCUGAAAAUCCUAAUGAUCAUAACAUUCAGAUCAACCUCCGCGAAGUGGCUGAGAGGAUUGAACAGCUUCGUGCACCUCAAGAUGUUUUUCAAGCCAUUGUUGGCAAUGCAGUAAGGUUGGCUGGCAAUGGAAGCAAUGCUGAAGAUAUUCUGCAUGAGCUGAACAACAAUGAGGGUUUAGCCAGUGAUUAUGUAGAGAUGCUGCAGCGUGAUAUUGGUCGGCGACUUCAGGAUGACUGGGGGAGGACAAGUCCUAAUUAUUCUCCACGUGAAAAUGUCCCAAGUCCUCCAGUUGCUCUCAUGGCGUCCUCAAGCUCAGCAGCCAAUUCCUCUCCAAAACUUAAGAGGUCGUUAGGAUUUAUAGCAAACGCGAUGAAACGAAAAGAUAGCUUCAUCCAGUUCUUUGCAAUGACUGGAAUUUUUCUUUUGAGCGUCAGGUCCCUAGGCCAAAAGUACCGAAUCCACGACCUUGAGGAAGACACUACAGCUCUAAAAGAAGAGCGGCAAAAACUCACCGAUCGCAUGAAGAAUAUAAAGGGAGGUCUCCUUCACGAAGCCUCUCUUGAUUCCACUGGUCUCUUAGCUUCUCGCCUUCGGAUUCUCUUUGGCGAGGAUAAAUGA